UGAAAUAUAAUUAAAUAUAAUGGUCUAACCUAUACUAUUUGUAAGUAGAUAAAAAUUGCUUCUGUUUUAAUAGUAUUGAUAGUAGAGUUUAACAUUCUCAAAAGAGUUUUGUUUCACUUGAGUUUUCUUAACCAUAAAUCCUAAAUUGUUAAUGAGACAUUCACAUUGGAAAGAUUAAUUAGAUAGUAAACAAUAUACCUUUUUGUGUGUUUAUUUAUUUUUACAUGAUCGUGCUUAAGAAGUUAGUUGCAUUCAUAUGCCGAGUCAAAUCAGGAUGGAAAUAUAUAGCACUAGUUAAAAAGAACGUCUUGUGUAAAUUCAAAGUCUUGGUCUCUCGAGUUUUGAUGUUAUAGAAAGGAUAGUUGAAUUCUAACUGUACACAAAGUCUCGAAAUUUAACAGAUAUAUAUAUAUAACAGACCGAUGAAAACAUGCAUAGUAUAAUAAAGUUUGAAUUCUUCCAAAGAUUUUCAGUCCAUGUAUCUGCAUGUUUUCCUUCUUCUUUGUUAAUGAAAAGAAGAAAAAUAUACACACACAAAUUAUUAAAUAAAUGAAAAAUCAAGUCAAGCCGUCUACUUUCUCCAAAUAAGACCAAACAACUCCUAACCAUUCCAACAAUGUUCCAGGAAAUAGAAAGAAACUUCCUUAUUUCCAUUAUCUUAUCAAACACGGACUUUGUCUUGUCUCUACCUGCACCACCACCACCUUCCUCUCUGUUGCCUUUUUAAAAAAAACACUAUCAUAUCUAUAUAUAUACUUCAUCUAAAACACACAAAUUCUAUAUCUUCAAUAUUUCCUCUAGGACGCAUUACUUAGUUCUUUGUAGUUCAUUGUAUUCAUUCAUAUCAAAACACACAACCAUGGAGAAGAGUUUAUUGUCUGAGUGCAAACAAUCAUCUUCCCUAUUUUUCUUUGCUCUGUUCAACUUGUUCCACAUCAGUUUAGGGAGAUGGGUUUCUUCUGCUCGCAUCUUUUUGUCCGGAUUCUUGCCUCUACUUCAACACCAUCAACGUGUGAGGAACCAAGACCAGACUGUGAUCACAAACACAGAAGAGCAAGAAGAAGAAGACCAAUAUGAUUAUCUCUCUAGAGAAGACGCAGAGAUGGUUAUGAGAAGCUUAGGUCUAUCUCCCGACCAAGAAAGCGAUGAUCUUCAAGAACGGUACAGUUCCAAGGAGAUGUCGAGUUUGUUCGAAGAGAAAGAAGCGAGCUUGGAGGAAGUGAAGCAAGCUUUUGACGUGUUCGAUGAAAACAGAGACGGCUUCAUCGACGCUAAAGAGUUGCGGAGAGUUUUGACAAUCUUGGGUUUCAAAGAAGGAUCUUACCUAGAGAAGUGCUCGGUUAUGAUCAGAUCGUUAGAUGGAAACAAAGACGGAAGAAUCGACUUUAAUGGGUUUGUUAAGUUCAUGGAGAGUAGCUUCUGCUAAAAUCAUAUGAUUGUUAAUUUGUUAUUAUUCUUUUCACCAAACGUAUUAAUUUUGUUCUUAAUUCUUCUACUGGGGAUGAGAUUGUGUAUGUUUAAAUGCUUAAACAUAGUUGUUGUCAAUACUAAUCAGACUUUCAUGAUA